UCAGCGCUCAAUCAGUCGACGAGCGAGCUGGGGAGCGGAGCCGAGAGCGGUUCGAUUAGCGACGUGGUGAAGUUUCAUUAUAUUUUUGGCCAAAACAAAGGGGCUCUGCGAAAACCACCGACUUAAGCCAGAAUGCCGAGCCAUCAGAUUUGCUGGUGAGACACGAAGACAUGGCCCAGCUAAAAAAUGUGGGCCAAGGUCAGCAGGCCGUUGUUGUUGGCCCAAUGCUCGCCUCGGCCAUGUUGCUCAUGGGGCUGGUCUUUGCCCUGCUGGGGAUCAAGUUCUUCGGCUUCCGGCGGCGGCUGACUUUCGACCGAUCGCAGGUGCAACAGCCUCAGCAAAACCAACAGCAGCGACCGCCGCCACGUUACGCAGCUUUCGAGUCACAGGUUAACGGCACCGAUACCGCUGUCCAUGGAGUGUUCCGACGUCGCAAUCUCGAGGAAUUUGAAAGCCCAUGGCCAUCGGCAUCAACAGCGACAGGAAACAGCUACACAACUGGCAGUGUUCCAAAUCUGCAACUAUAUGAUGCUAGCCCCAGGGAGACGAGAACCACGGAGGCAUCCCAAGUCACAUAUCGAGAAAAGUCACAGGCGCAACGACACCAUCGCCUGGAGGUGCAUAGUGAACAAUAUGAAUACUACACCGCUCCUCCUACACGCCAGCCACCUGCUCCUUCUGUGGAACUGGCAACCGAAACUGUUUCGGUGGUUUCUUCAUCUAAGAUAUCAGAACCCUUGCCUGCUCCAUCCCCCAUGAUCACAAGGGAAGCUACACCAGCAACUGUUACGUCCAACCAAUCUAUGCCUGCGGCUUCUGUCGAUCCAGUUCCAGAGCAUCCUAGCGAACUGGGAAUGCCCAAUUUCGAUCACUUUGCCGAGAAAUACGAGCUGUUCAGUGUGAAAGCAACCACGGAGGUCACAAGACCAACCCAGCUGAGGAGCAAGAACAGUGGGCGUUAUGUGAAGUUCGAGAGAGUGGAUGAUGUACCGGAAAUUCUGACCCCCGAGGAUCCCGUUCCAGAGCUACUGACUCCUGAUGAUGGCUUGGGAGGAGCUAUGUCUGUAACAGCUGUGGUGCACAGGGGAGCAAUACCCAAGGAAGAACCCGAACCGAAAGUGGAGCCUCAAGGACCAAAGGAUCCCUUUGAGAAUCCAAUCAAUAUAGACUCUGCUUUCGUCGUGGAAAUUAUAGCAGGAAGUCCUGAAACGGAAGCGACUCCUCGUAUGAAGCCAACCUCUCUAGGUGGUCUUUUCGAUGGCCUAGAGUUACCACAAGGUGAGCACGACAGCGAUUUUGUGCGCAUUCGUUCGUCUUUCGUGAUGAACGAGGCGGACAUCCUGGACUUGGAUCCACUGCAGCUGCCGGCGGCCAGUAGUCCACCAGGAUUUGGAAAGAGCAUCGACGAAGACUGGGAGAACUUCGCAAACCUGGACGCCGUAGUGGAAGUACCAGAGCCCAACUGGGCCCUGCAUCCAAAUAGCUUAGAGCAAUUGCCCACGGUGGAGACGACGCUGCGUGAGGCAACCCUCACAUUGGAAAAUGUGGAACAGGCGGAGGGCCUGCUCCAUCAACUAGAGGCUGUAGAAGACAGCUUGGAUAUUUUCGAGCCUGAGCCUCCGGUUCCCAUUGUGAAGCCGCCCCCCUACGGUCCUAAUCUUCCCUAUCUACCCGAUUACGAAUCCCUGAUGCAAUUGGAUAACGCGAAGAGCGGUCAGAACUUGCCCAAAUACACAGAGGUAAUGGAACAAAGGUCAAAGAAAGCCGACUAUGUAAGUAGCAUAGAGGAUCUGUAUGCGGAUCUGGAAGUUGACCAGGUGGAGAUAACCGGAACUCCAGCUAACCAAACCAAUGACAUUCACAAUUUUGAGGACUUGUGUCAGGAAAUGGCUGUGGUUGUGCCACAGGUGCGUCAAGCUCCUCAGCCUGCCCCGAGAUCCACAAAACUAACAACCCUAAAUGUUCGAGGUGACGCUCCUCCCCUGGCGUGCUAUCAACCUGAAGAGCUGCCCAGCUCCAGUUCCAGUGAUACCGAUGGGGAGGAUGGAGCCCGAGCAGCUCCAGAGCCUGCCAAACGUGAUCCAAAAUCGCUGAAAGUCCGAUUUGAUGUGGACAACCUGCAGUACUACCAGUCCGCAGAAGUGGUGACCUCAUGUGAGGAGUCCGAAGAGGAUGAGCCGAUGCCCCAACCCACUCCCAUGCAGCGCUCCAUCGUGUUCGAGCCGAGAGAUAAGGGAGUGCCCACCCUGUUCGGAUCCCAGGUCUCCCAGGAAGACAGUGAUGACGACGAUGGCUUCGGACGCGCCAUCAGCCAACAUCGCUCCAUGACUGCGGCACUGAGGACAAACGCUGUUAGGAGCGAUACCGACGCCUAAUCCGAAGACCCCCAACUGCCGCACUUCUUGACUUCCUUAGCAAAUACAGUAUUCUAUGUGUUAAUUUUGGCCAAAUGGCUAUGACCUAUUUAUGUACAUACAUUUCGCUGAUAAGUUGCCAUAUAAUGUUGAA